CUAACAGCCUUAAACAGGGCCGAGAAGGGAGAUGUUGUGUAUUUUAAGAGCGAGUCACCGCAUUUCUGGCCGAAAUAUAUGUUUACAAAAUGGGUUCAGAUGUAAAUCCUCUUUGGCGGUGGCCAAAUUACGCCCAUUGACAAUGUGUUUAGGAAACAGAAGUGGAUUUGCAAACAAACUGAUUACAUCAUUCUGCAAUCAGAACGAUUCAAGCUUAACGCGAACUUUGAGCUCAGGAAUCAAAUUAAUACAACAUCGAAACUUUCACAUCACUCACAGACUUAACAUUCAUCCACUUGUGUGGGUGUUUGGAAAACCCUUAACAAAAUUAUCAGCGUUAAUAUUUGGAAGACAACUUCGAAAUCAUUGGAAGGAGCUUCAUCAUAAACAUAAAAUGAUAACUGUUGCUACAUUGCUGGGAGUGACAGCUUUAGUGCUAACAUUGUACACAAUGGCUCACACAGAAACAGUCCCCAUAACAGGCAGAAAGCGCUUCAUCUUUAUAACUCAUGAUCAAAUGAUUAAAAUUGUACAGAAAGAAGUCGAGGAAGUUUUACGAAGUAAUGCAGAUCGCAUCCUACCCAAUACACAUGAACUGUACAAGAUUGUAAUUAAAGUUGCUGAAAGACUUUGUGUAAAUAACUUAGACAUACAACAGAUGAAAGAUAUACAGUGGAAAGUAUUCAUUGUAAAUGAGAGUACAUUCAAUGCUAAUGUUUAUCCGACGGGGGAGAUUUUUGUAAACACAGGACUCUUCAAAUUGGUGACAAAUGAAGACCAACUGGCUGCCAUCCUUGGACAUGAGAUGGCUCAUGCCCUAUUGUCUCAUGCAGCAGAGCAACUGAGCUAUGGACAGAAAUGGGAUUUCUUUGUAAUUGUUAUCAUGGCUGCUAUUUGGAUGAUUAUCCCCAGUGAUGGAAUUGCUACAAUAACUUCCUGGUUCAUGAACCGUGUUAUUAAGUAUUUUGAUCUACCAUUCAGCAGGGAACUGGAAAAGGAAGCAGAUAAAGUAGGGCUUCAGCUGGCAGCAAAGGCUUGUUUUGAUGUGAGAGAAGCCAGUGUUGUGUGGUCUUUGAUGCAGGUGAAGGACACAGUGGAAGGAACGAGCAUCCCAGAAUUCAUGUCAACUCAUCCUUCCAAUGAGACUAGAGUGGAGCUCAUAGACUUCUUAAUACCAAGAAUGACAGAACUUAGGGAGAAAUGUAACUGUCCCAGACUAUCAGCCAAAGACCCAAGGGUAGCCAUGCAGCAUGUGAAACAGUUUGUGGAUGACAAAGUGGUAGCAAAGCAGGCCGGACAGAAUUUAUCUAGAGUGCACUUAUCUCACCAAAAGGCAGUCCCUAAACGUCAACCUGCAUAGGAUCAAUGGUCAUCUAGCUGACUAGCUGUCAUUGAAAUCUUACAUCUUAUUAAGUUAACAAAUUUAUAUGUCUUUAUUUGGAAGAAUUGUGCUGUGAUGAGGAGUAUACAUUGUAUACAUUUUUGUGUCUUUCCACAAAAUUAUUUUGGGAUUUUUCAAACCUUUUUAAAAAAUGUUCAAGUAUACAUUAUUUGCAUUUUUUAAAUUUUGCGUAAAAAUCUUUAUAUUGAAUUUACUAACUUUUGAUGUGCCAGAAUUUUUGCUAUACUGUAUUGCAUAGGAUCAACCUCCUCUUAACCCCCCCCCCCCCAAUGCAAAAUGUAAACAAAACAAACAAAACUUUCUUAACAUACAAGAAUAUUAUAUAGUGUAUAUGAAAUAGUUUUCCAUUGUUCUUUUAAAUUUUUUUGUUAUUUUUAUUGACUUGUUUUUCUGAUAUUUAAAGCAUUAUGCAAAAUGAUGUAUUCUUUUGUUUGUUACAUUUCACCCAAUCCAAAACAUGGAUUUAUAGUGUGUUACUUCAAGGAAAAUAUUUUUGUAAAAUCUACUUGAUUCGAAAGAAAUAUAUAUACAACUGACUGUUUUUUUUUUUUAAAGUUUAUUUUAUAAGCAGUAUUUUAUUGGUUUUAACAUGUCCCUAUUUGUGAGUUGCCCAUACCAUAGAGAUUGGUACAUGUACCAGUAAAGGGACUUUUGGGAUUUUUUAAGGAAUAUUUUGAUAUUAUGUUGGGUCACUUUUAAAUAGCAUGGUUGAUAUAUUGCUGAAUGUUUCCAUUUAUUGCUUUGCACACUCUCCUUGUACAGCAUUAAUAAUCUCUGAAAUGUUAUUUUAAAGCUACUCUGACAAGUAUUUUAGGUAUAUAUCAUACUGUUGAAUUGAUUGUCGGAUUCUAUUACAGUCUUAUACUAUCCUUGAAUGCUUUUUUUUUCUUUGCAGACAGGUGCAUGAACUAUCAUGCUAGUAAUAAAAACCUAUAGUCCCCUCCGGUUUCACCGGUAGGGGACUAAAAAAAAUAGCCGACCGCUCAUAUAGAUUUAUAUACAGCAGGCAACUACUACAUGUAUUUAUUUAAAGCAGGUGACACAUGUUCCUUAGAACACUCUAGUUUUAAUACAAAUUUGCUAAUGCUGAAAGGAUGUAAUAAUCUUAAACAGUUACAUGUAUGUUUAGGUAGAUGCCACAUAAUGUGGCAGUUUUUUUAAACUUUUAAAAUUUGUAAUAAGUUUUCUCUGCUCUAUUUUGAUUGUGCCUCUUUGAGUCUUUUUAGAGUGGCUGUAGUAAAAUAAUGGGAGAAGAGAUAAAUAAAUAUUAUCUGUUAGCCAUC